AUGGGCUUCUUUUUCUUACUUCGACGCUCGGAAUACCUGAAAAUUGGAUCUACGCGACACUUCUAUUGCCUAAAGCGCAAAAAUGUCUUCUUCUCCGACUCGAACGGCAGACCAACAACUGGAGUGGCAGCAAUUUCCGUCACGAUAGGACUUGAGGGAUCGAAAAACGACCAGUACGGUCGUGGUGCAUGGCGCACAAUGCACAAGUCAGAAGAUCCGAUUAUCUGCCCAGUCGCUGCAUUAAAAGACAUACUGUGGGCUCGAGAAGAAGUCGCAGACGAUAGUAUCUUCCUGUGCGGUGAGACUACCUCGGCGGACGUCGCAACCGCGCCCAAGGCAACAGCUACUAGUGCCGGAGUCUCAGCUGCCAAUUACUCAACGCAUUCCAUCAGAAUCGGGGCGCCACAGCGCUUCUUACAGGUGAAGCCAGUCGGCUAUCGAUCAAGCUGCUAGGGCGUUGGCUUUCAAACUGUUUUGAGCAUUAUCCGGUCCAAGCUGCAGAGUCGACACGAUCACUCACGCGACGGAUGGUAACUGGACGACCACAACCACCCCACACUUAAGGACGCGCUCGCAAUUUCUCUUGGGGCCGCUCACCACGCCCUUCAUCACGGCUGGGGUGGCAAACAAACACUUUGCCCCAAACGACUAAGUCCUCGCCAUGGAAAUUGUGGACAAGAUACACAAGUACUAUUAAUAAUAGCACUUACGUGACCGC